AUGGCUACGAAACUAAUAUUAUUUAUUACUUUUGUUGUUUUAAACAAAUUCGUCGCCAAUCUCGUGAAUACGGUUGUUCCUAAUCCAUACAUGGAUGAAAUAUUUCAUAUUUCACAAGCUCAAAAAUAUUGUGAAGGAAAUUAUUUUGAAUGGGAUCCAAAAUUAACAACACCACCAGGAUUGUAG